CUCUCAUUUCAAACCUCUCGCACUCUUCCCUCGCUUUCUCUCUCUGCUUUCUAUCUCUACACUUCUGGCUUAGCCAUGGCGAACCUAGGGUUUUGCUGCGGAGAGCUAGGGUUUCUCCUCCGAUUCUCAGUCUUGCUCUUUUGACCCAGGGUUAGGGCAAGUAUGGCCGACGCUGCUGCGAGCCCCGGCGAAGGUAGUCACGAGAGCGGCGAGCAGAUCCCCCACUCGAACGUGCGCGAGCAAGAUCGGUUUCUUCCGAUCGCGAAUAUUAGCCGGAUCAUGAAGAAGGCGCUUCCCGCGAAUGGAAAGAUCGCUAAGGAUGCGAAAGAGAUCAUGCAAGAAUGCGUCUCGGAGUUCAUCAGUUUCAUCACUAGCGAGGCGAGUGAUAAAUGUCAGAGAGAGAAGAGGAAGACUAUUAAUGGGGAUGAUUUGCUCUGGGCAAUGGCGACUUUAGGGUUUGAGGAUUAUAUUGAUCCGCUGAAGUUGUACUUGGCUGCAUACAGAGAGGGUGACACCAAGGGACCGGCAAAGGGUGGAGAUGGGCCGGCUAGGAAAGAUGCAGCUGGAGCUCAAUCAAGCAUUAAUUCCCACAUUUCACAUCAAGGUCCUUACACGCAAAAUGUGAACUAUGAGACUCCUCAAGUAAUCUCCCUACCCCUCUCUCUCCAUCACAUAUGCAACAUAUAUACAUACUUACUCUUUACAUAUUUAGUGCAAUGGUUUAAAAUUUUGAUUUGAGAUGAGCUAGAGGAUAAUUCUCCCAGUUAAUGUGGCGAUACAAGUUCUGCUAGACAGACUAUAACUGAUCAGGUUGAAAAAUGAAGAACGCAGCUGCUCAACCAAAUAUUUUUGUUCAGUUUGUAUUUAAGGAGCAGUUUGAUUACGAUGCUAAUGUUGAAAUUUAGAAAAAAUAAUUAGUCACACUCAUCCAAUGCAAUUUUAUCACUUGAAAAAUAAUUUGCUACAUCCUCCUAUCAUUUUUUACUCUUUCCUUCUAGAUAUAUUUUCAUUUCAUUAAAUAAAUAUCUCAUUUGCCUUUUUGUUUCUUUUUUAUAUUAUCAUUAAGAUGGUGUGCAUUUGUAUAGGUGAUAGUGAUGUCCAUAUUCAAAUAAGCUUCUCAAGUUUGAUUACUUGCUUAACACACAUCCUUCCUUAUAAGUGCUAAUUGAGUUCCCUUCAUAUAUGGCUUUAUCAAGUUUCUCUUUUCUCUCUCUAACUUGAAGCCUCAUGGAUGCCGUCAAUCUGCAGUUUGCUUUACUAUAUUCAUUUGUUGUUGAUUUCAUCCCAAAUACCUAUACUUUAGAUUUUGAGCAUUGAUGGAGUUUUGAGAUAGAAACCGUGGACCUUUCUUCAAUUUUUUUGGUUGUAUGUCUAGAUGGAGAGGCAGAUUGCUUAUCCAGAAGGGGGAGCUUUUGCCAUCAUAGUAGCUUCUCUCUCUCUCUCUCUCAUGCUCCUCUUCUGGUCUUUUUCUUGUUUUUAGUUAUUAAUUUCGCACUUACAAUGGAGAUAUUCUAGUUUACAUACAUCCUCUUCACACUGUAUUAACUUUCAUUCUUAUAGAAUUAUAUUAGAAGUUAGUUCAUCUAAAUAUUUUUUCUUUUCAUUGCUUUGCAAUGGAAAUUAUGGUUUUUAAUAGAUGUUUCAAAAGCUACCAAUAUUUUGACAAGGUGACCAUCAGUCCAUCACUACCAUUUAUGAAUCAAUUUGAUCAUCCUUCUACAAAAAAGAACUUUGCAUUUAGUAAGCAACUAAAUAUUUGUCACUCUUCCUUUUGCUUUAAUCUCAGCGUUGAAGAGUGAAGAAGGCAAGAAAUGACUGCAUGCUCCAAGAAAUACUUUAUUUGUUGGUAUGAUUGGGGGGCCUUCUAUCUUUGCAUAUUUUAUAGUCAUCAUUAAAAUGAAAUGUUAUCUAUUAUUAAUUUAUGUUUCAAAAGCUACUGAUACCCUGAUAAGUCAACCAUCACUACCAUUCAUGAGCCAAAUGCACAAGUCUUGAUGUUGCUUUUGUGGGAAUGUAUGUAUGUCCAUCUGGGGAAUAUCAAUGAAAUUUUUUAUUUUGCAUAAUAUGUUGCACAUCUUAUAAAAUUAUUUUAUCAUACUCUAUACAACUAAAUGUUACCUGUUUCAGUGCUCUGGUAUGAUGCUCCUUUUUUUUUUUAUUUAAAAAAAAAGAGGUGGGGUUUCUUUUAUGGUUGAUUUGGGGGAUCAUUGAUUUGGGCAACAAUGAGAUAAGGAAAUAUUGUAAAUCUCUGUGGCAUGCAUAGAGGAUUUUGCACUUGUCAAAAGGAUUCCUCAUCUUUCUUUGUACUCUCUAUUUCAAUGCAAUAAAAUGGUUGUUUUUGAUAAAAACAAGUCUCUUUGGGAUGUAAAGGUAACUCGUAAAGUCCUUUGGGCAUUAAGUUAUCGUCUUGUUGUUUUUGAAGAAUCAGCUUGUACAAUAAUCACAGUGCCAAACAAGUCCUACUAACACCAGAUAGUUUCAAAAGGUUUUGGUGCUUUUGUGUUCAGGCUUGCCUUGGGGCAAGCCUAAAGGAAAAUGCCAAGACUAAAUUUAAGGAUUAAGUAACAUAAGGCUCAUUACUGAGUUGUAAGGCUCUAAAUAUACCUUCAUCUCAAAAUAUACUUCAAAAUGUGCACUCCAUACACAUGUUAUAUAAUCCACUCAGAAUUAUUAGUUGAGUAUGGGUAUCUUUAUCAAGUUUGGCUUUAAAAUUCCUACAACUUCACAUCAGUAAUGUAUUUGUCAAACCUCAAUUGGCUGAUUUUUAAAAAAUGAAGUGCACUGAAUAGGUUUAAUAUUUUUUCAUGUAUUCAAACCUCAAAGCGUAUGGUUAGUUUGGCAUGCCAAGUUUACUAUCUUGUCUUCAAAUAUCCAGGCAUUAUUGUACUAUCCUUUGGAAAUUGUAGGACCUCCAAGUUAUGGAAGUUUUCAUCUCCAUGAAAGUGAACAUAUGCUUUGUGUGAUUUGGCUAUGCUUUCAUGCACUCAAAAGGUGGGGCCGAGUUGAAUAUACUAAAAUGGUAUCUUCAUAGUCCCUUCUACCCAGCAUGCAAAUACUUGAAUAAAUGGCUGUGUUUUAGCUCUUUUUGUAAAUCACAGAUUUCCCUUUCACUGCCUCCCUAUCCAAGAAUGAACUUCGAUAGACUUAUAAUUUAAUGACUGAACACCAUACUUUAAAUGGUGGGGUCAAUCCUUUUGUUAAACAGGCUAAACUGAGCAGCCCUUCUUCUUACUCAUAAUUUAAUGUACUUCUUUUUCAAGUCUAAUAAUUAAUUCUGUGGUUAGGAUUAUACAAUUGUAUUACUUAUUAUAUGAUGUUCCUUUUUGUUUUCUGCUCCCUUUUAUUUGUGGUUGUGGUUGACACUUCUCACCAUCACUCCACUAAAUUUUGCACUCGAGUUGUUGAUACAUUCAUCUAGCAUCGACUUUUGUGCAAAUAUGUUUUGAAGUGUCAUUUAAUUGCUUUAUUUGAACCAUAUUAGAAAAUUGAUCACAUGGUGACAUCUUUCAAGCAAACAAAAAAAAUGUAUUCCUGCUAAGUAUCGGAUGUUUUGCACUGCUUGUUCAUGUGUAAAGAUGUGACAAAUGAUGGUAUCUACUUCAUACCUCCCUUUGAUUUUUCAUGAUUGGUUGAAAACCUUUAUUCGACAUUAUAUGAAUCAAAAUGCGGUGUGAAGUCCUUUUGACUAAAUAAGAAAAUUAUGUUGCUGAAAUCCACUGGAACUGGAGAACACAGUUCAUUGUAACAAUAUUCAACACUCACAUGUAUUUUAAUCAUGUUUUUAUUGAGAUUAUAAACCAAAAAUGGCUAUGGCUGUUCUCUGAUCAGUCUCACAUCAUUACAUAAUGCAUUGGUCUUAGAGUCCAGCAUACGUAGGUGGUAAUCUUCUCCAUCACCAUUUGCAUCUUUGUCAACUUAAGGCUCAGAUGUGAUUUUCAGCAUGCUUAGUUUUGUUUUGCUGCCUUCUAUUGGAGAUUCCUUAGUUUUUAUUUUGUAAACAAUUAUAUGUUCUUGUUGGGCUAACUUUGAGUUUUUUGGUUCUGAUGCUAACUAGUUCUCUUGAAAUUGUAGUCACAGACUCAACAUUUGAUGGUUCCCUUGGAUGGCACAAAGUAGGAGUUUCUCUCCAGUUAAUUGCAUCGUUUGGAAUCCCAUUCAAGGAGAUGCUGUACUUAUUACAUUGAGACAAUUUAAAUAUAAUCUGUACAACUGUAACUUUUUCAAAUGGUUUUGGCGCUAUUGCCAUGUCUAGUAGUCAUUCUGCCAAAGUUUAUAUACCUGCUUGCCUUUUGGAGUAGAAUGAUUAUUUGAGGAAAAGAUGUGAACCUUUUGAUGGUUUA